AUGGCAUCCCGACUAUCCUCCAGCGGUGGGCUCGUCGAGGAUCCAUUACCCGUACCGACCACUAGCAGAAACCUGAGGCCUCGUUCGCAAGGCCGCGCCAGCGCCGCUUCAGCCUCUCGAUCUCCUAGUACCGUUUCGCCCGAGCCACUCAUCGUAAACGUCGACAAAGGGAAAGGAAAGAUGCGUGAAACCAGCGAGUUCUCCGACUACCGCCCCGCGAAAAAGGUCAAGCUCUCCCCCGAGAAGGGGGAGGGGAAAGGGAAGGCGAGGAUGAUAGACGUGGAGAUUGUUGAUUCAGAGGAGGAGGUCGACCAGCUAACCAUGUCGCAGAAGGAGCACGAGCACGAUGCCGAUGUAGGAGGCGCAACAGAUUCGUGGGCAGGCUCCUCGACGGAGGUUCACAGCCUCCGUUCGCCCGCUACUUCGCCAGUAGUUUCGAGCCCCAGCCUCGCGAAGCUCUUACAUCCAACAAACCAGUCACCGCCGCCUCCGCAUGCGCAUCGCAAGCGGAAACGACCGUCCGAACCGCAACCGCCGCCAUUAGACCAAAGCUCACUGCUCACCGCGUAUACAUGUCCCAUCUGCUUCUCGUCGCCGACCAAUGCUACUCUGACACCGUGCGGCCACAUCAUGUGUGGCUCGUGCCUAUUUGCUGCUGUAAAAGCCGGUCUGCAGCGGCACGCCACUAUGAUGAUUGGCGAAGGACAACCAUCAUGCCCUGUCUGUCGAGCACCCAUCCCUGGCUGGGAUGGCCGCGGCGGGGGUGUUAUAGGGUUGAAGGUUCGCGCAAUCAUAAGCGUGUAG